CUCUAUGCUCUAUGCUGUAAUUGCUAUUCGUUUGCUUAUUCGUUCUGUUGAAUCAUUGGAGCACGCGUGUGUAAGUAUGGAUGCUGGUUUGCGGAUCAUCCGGGUCGUUGAGCUCUGUUUCGGAUACCCUUUUAGGGGGGUAUUUGGCUUUAGCUGUGUGGGAUGGAAGUUUUGGGUUUCCCUCAAACCGGGAGAACCCUAAAAACCUGCUAUUGUUUGUAAGAAUGCAGUGAUUUUGGUCCUUCUCUCUCUCUCUCUCUCUCAGUGAUUAUGGUGUUUCUGGAUGCUUUCUGUUUUGCUUACUACUGGGGUAUUGCUCAUUGGAGUAUCCUGUUAACUUUCCCAAGCCCACUGCAGUUUAUGUCCUGGAAUAACGGUUUGUGUGACAUCAUUCUCUGCUCCGACUUUUCCCCAGACAUGCUUGUUUCCAGCUUUGGCAGCUUUGAAAAGGGAAUCAACCGCUGGCUUUGUGAUGAUUCUGCCCAAAACUGAGGCAGCUUUUGUCCACGAGUUUCUGAAUUGAGUGAUUCGAGGAUAAGAUUGCGCAAUGGGAUCUAAAAAGCAUUCUGCUUGCCUUCUAGACUCUCUCAAGAUGGAGAGCGUCCGGACUAUCCUAACUCACCGAUAUCCCUACCCGCACGAGCACUCUCGGCAUGCCAUAAUUGCUGUAGUUGUUGGCUGUCUGUUCUUCAUAUCUUCCGAUAAUAUGCACACCCUUAUAGAGAAGCUGGACAACAACAUAAAAUGGUGGUCCAUGUAUGCGUGUUUGCUUGGAUUCUUCUAUUUCUUUUCGUCUCCGUUCAUAGGGAAGACCAUCAAGCCAAGUUAUUCGAACUUCAGCCGAUGGUACAUAGCAUGGAUUUUAGUGGCAGCUUUGUAUCAUCUUCCUAGUUUUCAGUCAAUGGGAGUGGAUAUGAGAAUGAAUCUGUCCUUGUUUCUGACCAUUUAUGUCUCUUCUAUACUGUUCCUUCUUGUAUUCCAUGUCAUAUUUCUUGGCCUUUGGUAUCUGGGGCUUGUUUCCCGAGUAGCUGGAAGAAGGCCAGAGAUUUGGACUAUCUUCCAAAACUGUGCUGUUCUAAGCGUUGCCUGCUGUGUAUUUUAUAGCCACUGUGGCAAUAGUGCUAUUUUGAAGCAAAGCCCAUAUGAACGGAAAACUUCGGGAUGGUUUUCUCUUUGGCGAAAAGAGGAAAUGAACUCAUGGCUUGCCAAAUUCAUUCGGAUGAAUGAGUUGAAGGACCAGGUGUGCUCUUCUUGGUUUGCUCCCGUGGGAUCUGCAAGCGACUAUCCUCUUUUGUCAAAAUGGGUCAUAUAUGGGGAGGGUGCAGGAUCGUCAGAUGAAAUUUCUCCCAUAUACUCACUGUGGGCCACAUUUAUAGGCCUUUACAUUGCCAAUUACGUGGUGGAAAGGUCAACUGGGUGGGCUCUUACUCAUCCUUUGUCGGUUGAAGAAUAUGAGAAAUUGAAGAAGAAGCAAAUGAAGCCUGACUUUCUGGACAUGGUCCCAUGGUAUUCAGGAACAUCAGCUGAUCUAUUCAAGACUGUUUUUGACCUUCUGGUCUCAGUAACUGUCUUUGUAGGACGUUUCGACAUGCGCAUGAUGCAGGCAUCAAUGAGUAAAAGUGAAAAAGAUGGAGCUGCACAAGAUCUCUUCUAUGAUCAUUUUCGGGAAAGAGAUGACUUUUGGUUUGACUUCAUGGCUGACACCGGUGAUGGUGGCAACUCAUCUUAUAGUGUUGCACGUUUACUGGCUCAACCUUUCCUCCGACUCACUACGGAUGAUUCAAUGGUUUUCUUACCACGGGGUGAUUUGCUACUUAUUGGAGGAGAUCUUGCGUACCCAAAUCCGUCAGCAUUCACUUAUGAAAGGCGGCUAUUUUGUCCUUUUGAAUAUGCUCUGCAGCCUCCACCAUGGUACAAGCCUGAGCAGAUAGCUGUAAACAAGCCUGAAGUGCCAUUUGGAUCCAGUUUAAAGCAGUAUGAUGGACCUCAGACUUUUAUUAUUCCUGGAAACCAUGAUUGGUUUGAUGGUCUUCAUACCUUCAUGAGAUAUAUAUGUCAUAAGAGCUGGUUAGGUGGGUGGCUUAUGCCUCAGAAGAAGAGUUACUUUGCUUUGCAACUGCCGAAAGGAUGGUGGGUUUUUGGUCUUGAUCUAGCUCUCCAUGGGGAUAUUGAUGUAUAUCAGUUUAAAUUCUUUUCGGAGCUAGCGAAUACCAAGGUGGGGUCUGAUGAUACUGUGAUCAUCAUGACACAUGAACCAACUUGGCUUCUGGAUUGGUACUGGAACAAUGUUUCUGGAAAAAAUGUCUCUCACUUGAUUCGUGAUUAUCUUAAAGGAAGGUGUAAGCUUCGAAUAGCUGGGGAUUUACAUCAUUAUAUGCGACACUCUUAUGUCCCAUCAGAUCGACCGGUUUAUGUCCAGCAUCUACUUGUGAAUGGUUGCGGUGGGGCAUUUCUGCAUCCGACCCAUGUCUUCUGCAAUUUUAAGGAAUUCCUUGGAAAUAAGUAUGAAAACAGGGCUGCUUAUCCUUCAAUUGAUGACUCAAGCAGGAUUGCUUUGGGGAAUAUUUUGAAAUUUCGCAAGAAGAACUGGCAAUUUGACUUUAUCGGUGGCAUUAUCUACUUUGUGUUGGUCUUUUCUUUGUUCCCACAGUGUAAGCUCGAUCACAUUCUACGAGAUGAUUCAUUUUCUGGCCACUUGAGGAGCUUUUUUGCUACUGUAUGGGGCUCUUUCAUCUAUAUUCUUGAACACUCCUAUGUAUCUCUUCUGGGUGCUCUUCUGUUGUUAGUUGCUGCAAUCACAUUUGUACCAUCAAAAGUUUCUCGGAAGAAACGAGGAAUUAUUGGGAUUCUUCAUGUCUCAGCACACUUAUCUGCAGCAUUAAUUCUUAUGUUGCUGUUGGAAUUGGGUGUAGAGACAUGCAUCAGGCAUAAACUACUUGCAACCUCAGGUUAUCACACGCUUUACCAGUGGUACCGAACAGUGGAGAGUGAGCACUUUCCAGAUCCAACAGGUCUUCGGGCUCGAAUUGAACAGUGGACCUUCGGCCUUUACCCAGCAUGCAUCAAGUAUCUCAUGUCUGCAUUUGAUGUCCCCGAGGUCAUGGCUGUGACCCGGAGUAAUAUCUGCAAGAAUGGGAUGGACACAUUGUCCCGUGGAGGUGCUGCCAUAUAUUAUGCUUCGGUCUUCCUUUACUUCUGGGUUUUCUCGACUCCUGUGGUCUCUCUAGUGUUUGGGAGCUACUUAUACAUUUGCAUCAACUGGCUUCACAUACACUUUGAUGAAGCAUUCUCUUCACUCCGAAUCGCUAAUUACAAGUCAUUUACAAGGUUUCAUAUUAAUCGCGAAGGUGACAUGGAAGUAUAUACUCUUGCAGUUGAUAAGGUGCCGAAGGAAUGGAAGCUUGAUCCCGACUGGGACGGUGAACCGAGACAGCCGCAGCAGAUGAGCCACCUCAGGGAGUAUCCUAGUAAAUGGAGUGCUGCGACCCCAAUACAGGAUCCCGUAAACACAGUAAAAAUCGUUGAUCACUUUGUCAUUCAUCGAACUGAUAAACCUAACUCAGCAGCCUGUAAUGGGUCAGCUGCUCGCUGAUCGCUCUAGUCUUAGCACUCCGGUCAUGUAUAUAGUUCUUGCAAUACUCAUUGGGCCCGGAUUGCAAAUUGGUGUCGGGAAGAGCAUAUCAUCUGGCCUUUUGUGGCAACAACAGACAACAACUUAUGAGUCGCGUCCGUCAAGUUCCUUGGGCCCAGGGCCAAGGAAAGAUGGUCGGAUCAGGGGUCGAGAUACAAUGACUGCUGAAUGUGAAAGGAAGAACAGAGAACGUUGCUCUUCUUGGAUCCCGUGUUUGUUGGGUGGUGAGAGUAAUUGUAGUAAGCUUAGAUUUUAGGUUUUUUAUUUUUCAUAUACUGAUUGAUCUGCUCUAGCUAGUUGAACAUACAUUCAGCUCUAAUGAAUGAUGUGUUAGGCUAUUCUGGUGAGUUCACGAUUGGUAAUGAAGUAAGCUGUAAAAGUCUGUACUUGUUAGCCGGCACGGUAAUUCGAACUAGCAGUAGCUCAAGAAAGGGAAUGAAGGGUGAAAUGACUUUAGGUGUUGCUUGUUC